GCUGGCGCGAAGCGCGGCGCCGCGGCGCAUCGAUUCGACGAAGAACGACUUUGUGAAGCUCUGCAAGACGCUGCACCGCCGCAAGGGCCGCGAGCAGACAAACCUCGUCUUCCUCGAGGGCCAGCGGCUCGUCGGCGACGCGCUCGCCGCCGGCGCCGCGCCGCGCACCGUGCUCGUCGCCGACGGCGUCGACGCCGACGGCCUGCCCGGCGACGUCGUCCGCGCGCCGCUCAAGGUCGUCGCGGCGUGCUGCGACACGUCGACGCCCCAGGGCGUCGUCGCCGUCGUCGAGAAGCCGGUGGUUGCGGUGCCGCCGUCGCCGACCUUCGUGCUCGCGCUCGACGGCGUCAGCGACCCGGGCAACGUCGGCGCGCUCAUCCGCACCGCGGCGGCCGCGGGCUGCGACGCCGUCGCCGUCGUCGGCGCCGCGUGCGCGGACCCCUGGUCGCCCAAGAGCCUGCGCGCGGCCAUGGGCGCGACGUUCCGCGUCCCCGUGGUCGAGUUCCGCGACGACGGCUGGGCCGGCGCGGCGCCGCGGCUCCGGGGCGACUGGGACCUGUCCGUCCGCGCCGCGGACCUCGCGCCGGGCGCCGAGGCCUACGACGCCGCGCCCUGGGCGGACGGCGGCGCCUGCGUCGCCGUCGGCGCCGAGGUCGGCGUCUCGCGCGAGCUGGCGGAGCUGCUGGACGGCGACGACGCCGGCUUCUCGCGCGUCUACAUCCCCAUGCACGCGGACGUCGAGUCGCUCAACGCCGCCGUCGCCGGCUCCGCGAUCCUCCUGGAGGCGCGGCGGCAGCGGGCUCAUAAUCGUUAACGACUCUG